AUGGAGCUCGACCUUGAAAACCCACUUACAAUCUCCCAUGACAUCCACUCUGAUACACUCACUUCAAUGUUUUCCCUUGAAUCUGAUCACAUGCCAUCAGAGACUUACUUUCAAACCCUUCAAGCUAGAGACCUUGACAUCUCCAUUCGAAGGGAAGCCAUAGCUUCCAUCUCACAGCUUUGUUGUAACUAUGAUAACCUUUUGCAGUACCUUGCUGUCAAUUAUCUUGACCGGUUCUUGUCCUGCCAAGGAAUGCUGCAACCAAAGCCAUGGCUCAUCAAGCUUCUUGCAAUCUCCUGCGUUUCUUUAGCUGCCAAGAUGAAGAAAGCAGAUUUCUCUCUUGCUGAUGUUCAGGGUGAUGGAGGCAUCAUUUUCGACACGCAAACGAUCCAAAGGAUGGAAGUGCUGAUUUUGGGAGCUCUAAAAUGGCGAAUGCGAUCCAUCACACCCUUCUCUUUCAUUUCAUUUUUCAAUUCUCUGUUCAAACUAGAAGACCCACCAUUGCUGCACGCUCUGAAAGCCAGAGCCGCCCAAAUCAUCUUCAAAUCUCAAAAGGAUGUUGAGCUUUUGGGGUUUAAGCCAUCAAUAAUUGCUGCCUCUGCACUUCUCUCUGCUUCUCAUGAAUUAUUCCCUAUGCAAUACCCCUGCUUUAAAAAAGCACUCUCCAACUGCUCAUAUGUAAAUAAGGAAAACAUGUUGCAAUGCUACAGUGCAAUGCAGGACAUGGUGGCUGAUGGAUUUGAUUCAGUGUUAGAGACGGUGUCUAGCUCAGUGACAGCAGCCAAUGUGCUAGACCAUAAUUUUUUAAGCUCUGCAGAAAGUGGAAAGACUAUCGUCACCGGCAUGACCCCCUUAAGAUUGGAGAGGGACAUGAAGAGGAGAAAAAUUAGUGAAUAUUGUAAAGAUCACAGGGUCCAAAUUUCUCAGAUCCAAAACUGCUGA